AUUAUUCCGACCGUUCACGCACUGACUGUUUAGAUUCUACAGGUACUUUAGUGGUGGCUAACGAGGCGUUCGUACUAAGCAAAAUAAUGGCCAUCUCGGACAAACGAAAGAAGAAAACGAGCGAAGAGCGCGAGAUGCCGAAGGACCAGGACCGCCGACGCACGAAAGACAUCAAAGUGAAAUUCCGAAGGACGAGAGAAGCGAGUAUGCGCGACUAGAAAAUUCCGACGAACAUUCAACGGUGCCAUGUCGAGAAGAAGUAUCGGUUGUUGGUCCGGGCAAUAUCGAGGAACCAACAGAGAUGCCGUGUCUCGAGAUGGCGGAAUUUUCUUCGGGCAUAAAUAAGUUACUGACUAUGGAACCACAGAAGACUACGGUACUGCAAGAGCACGAGCGAACUAAGGUGACAGGAUCGAGACAUCGUGCGGACGAGAAACGCCGUAUCGAGGCGCCAUCAGCGCAAACGGGUCACACGCAGCCAUGGAGUUCGUUCGAGGAGACAACGAGUGAUGGUCACUGCCCUGGCAACGCUGAGGAGUUCUACCCAAGGUAUCAAGGGGUCGAAGAAAGCGCUAUCGAGAAUUUCGCGGUCGACUUGCAAGCACAGCAGUUAACGGACGAGCUGUUUGUGUCAAAGGCAGAGGAUAGACCGGUCGAGUUGCUCGCGUGCAGUCUAGAGGUAGAACAUUUGGUAUGUGAAGGGAACGCUGACUCGUACAGAGCGUCAAAGCACGCGGAACGUGUCGAGACGAAGGUCGUAGCGAAGAAAGUUGAGGCGAAUACGACGCCUGCGGAAUUUGUUUUAUUCAAGGAUUCGUCAAGGGUAUCGACUCGUGCACUCACUGCCUUGGCAAGAGUGUUGUUCCCCUCUUCUAGGUCGGAAUUUAUUGUGUUGAAUCAAAAGGAAUUUCCCUUUCAAAGAAGAGCCGGAAGGACGCUAUAUAUCAUUUGGCAGAUAUUGAGGUACUACCUCAAGUAUGAUUAAUUGAUUUGCGGAAGAGCAGGCAAGGCAGUGCGCUACCGUGGGACAGUUUGUCAUGUUUCGAAACCCGCGGUGAUCCAGGGAAGUGGGCAGGCACGAGUUCUGCAUGCAAUCGCGUGACGCAGCGGCAGAAUAGCUCGGAGUAUUCAAGGUUCCUUCUUCACCGAGGGCAUCCAUGCGCGGAGGGCCAGAGAGAGCGCAUCGGUCCCAGACGGAGAUC